GAAGUUCAACGGUUGUAAUUUUGACUGCUUCGAGUAAAGAAAUCGAUGGAUUUAGGCUAACAAGUGCCGGUAGAAAACUGGGUAUGUUUUUUCGUCAGUAUUCCGCAAAGUACCAGAAAUAGUAGGGAUUUGGAAAAGAUGAAACGGAUCAGUUGGUCAGUGAAACACAACCCAAGCUGACUGUUUUGGAGGAUAUUUUCUUUGUGAAAAAGGUUUCAAGAUCAAAUCUCAAGUGAAAACUGUCUGACUGUCAACCAAAUAUCUGAAUUGAAAGAUGUCAUCAACUUGAGUAGGCGCUGAGUAGGAAUUUGUACGUCUAARCCAAGUCAUUUUCUACAUUGAGCAAUACAAAAUGGAACCAACAUAGCAGUCACUGCAGCUUCAAAGACCUUCAAGAUUCACAAAUCUUCUUAGACGUUUUCCACAGUUUACACUUUAUUUAAGAUUGAAAUCGUCUCAAAGCGAAGAGUGCGAAUCAUCCAAAUUUGCGAGUAAAAGUACAACCCUGGAUCAAUUAUGGAAUACAAGAUAGUUGGUAUUAAUCAUAAUGGUAUUACAAUCGAGUCACCGUUAGACAGAGCGGUUAAAUGGCUUUCCGUCUACUUGAUUGGUGGAUUGGCRCUAUUUCUUCUUGUUAAGGAGCAUGUAUUCGAUGACGCAAUGGAGUGCCAACCAAUCAACAAAGCCAUCAAGGAAAACCUCUCGUACUCUCAGACCCAGGCUAUCUAUGACAAGGCGUUCUGCUCGGCCAACAUGAGCGACUUUACACAUAACCUUGUCCGCGCGCAGUCUGAGUUCGAGCAUCUARUGAAAACCAUUCCUGGAGUGUCAGUGGUAGGAGUAAAAGGAAACCCCGAACAAAUGUAUCAGCGKUAUUUCCCAUUUGCAUUGUUGGUCCAGGCCKUUUUUUCAUACACACCUGUGUUGCUAUGGUUACUGUGGGCAACAGAGGAGCUGGUUAUAUCGAUUAAGUACAUAGCUCGUUCAUGUCAGGAUUUGAUUGACAGGAGUCAUCAGACUGRUGACCCCGUACAUAGCUCAAGCAGUCCAGUGGCCUUUAAAACACGCGGGAACGAYCCGGAAGAAAARCAAAAGAAAUGGGGUGAAAUCGAAUGUCAGAUCGAUGACUGGCUCGAUCAAAAGUUCUUAUCAAGAUUAUAUAUAACAAAACUAGUGAUCACGGAGCUUAUCUUAAUAUUAUUCCUUAUUCUAUAUUUCAUGUAUGAUAAGCUCAACAUCUCUCAAUUCAAGGCUCAUUUUGUUUGCCGCGUAGAAAACCAGUCUUUGGUCACGUGUAUUUUACCUAUAGUUAAGMUCUACAAGAUGAUUUGGUACACAAAUAUUAUUAUCAUUGACUGCUGUAUUAUGUUCACGACAUUUCAGUUCUUCUACAUACUCUGUGGUAUAUUGAGACCSAGRGAUUUCUUCUUUCUUACAUAUAUGGACAUAGGAGGGGACUCGCACGUGACUGCCAUCACGGAUGCACACGUGAUUUCGUACUUUUGCUUCCAGAAUCUUCGUUUUAUGCCUCCCARUAUUUUAGUUUGUAAGGCAGCCARGUCAAAGAUAUCAAAAAUUGCCUCAAGUACUCUAAUAUCCUUUGGUGAAACAGCGAGCGAGUUGUCGGACAACGAUUCACCGUUUUACUCUGCGUCAAAUACACCACAAGGAGUCGUCAAAAAUAAUUAGUAAUCAUUACAACCCUCUGGAGUACGACCACUCUGGUAGCGCAGUGGUCGCUAUACACUUAGUGAACCCUUUUAGUGGGGCUUUCAUUAUAUUCACAUGCAGAACACAAUUAUUUAUAUUAUGAACGUCUAAAAUUCGGUCAUUUAAGGCGUAAAACUUCUUGGUUGUUUUAUAAAAGUGACUGCUGUCACCUCAGAGUUCUUCAAUUAACUUAAGGAAGAUACGAAGUCAAAACGUAAUGGGUAUUUCCUACAAAAUUAGUGUUUUUAAAAAUUCCAGAUAUAUAAAUACACACUUGGCAACUGUUGAACAAGACUGGGUAACGAGUUGUGGUGAAAACGGUCGAUAUAAGUGCAGAAAAAGAAAUUUAACAUAUAGGCAAAUAAUAACGAAGUAAAAUGGUGAAC